AUGUCGAGGAUCGCGAAGGAAUACGGAGAUAUACAGAAGACACUGGCCAGUAAUGACCCCAUUGUCAACCCCUACCAGGGCUUAAUCGAAUCGCUCAACCCGAUUGAUGAAACCGAUUUAAGCAAAUGGGAAGCUAUCAUAAUCGGACCGACACACACACCCUACGAACACUAUCGGUUUCGAAUACUGAUAGACGUACCCAGUUCUUAUCCGAUGGCGCCACCGAAUAUAAGGUUUGAUAGGAAUAAUAUACUGCACUGUAACAUAAAAUCCCCCACAGGAGAAAUAUGUCUUGACAUCCUCAAACCAGAGGACUGGACGCCUGUAUGGGAUUUGUUACACUGCGUUCAUGCCAUUUGGAGGCUUUUGAAGGAACCUGUUUACGAUUCGCCGUUAGACGUGGAUAUGGGCAACAUCAUUCGCUGUGGCGAUACAGGAGCGUAUCAGGGGAUUAUAAGGUAUUUUUUGGCAGAAAGAGACCGGAAUAUUUGUCGUUGA